ACUCUCACAAGACCUUAUUUAUCCUUAGUAACACACCUGCUAUGGUAUUUCUGUGUCUGUGCCCUGGAGAAAACUCCAAAGUCAACACAAGGAUGAAGACAUGGCGAGCCUGCAAUAUAGUCCAUUUGAGUGUUUCUUCGAUGUAAAUGAGCAGAGAGGUAGUCCAAAACUGAUCCAGGAUCAUUUUUGCAAGCUCCUACUUGUAUUUGGUGGACAACUAGCGAGAGAUUGUAUAAUAGGGGCUAAGGACACACAAAAUCCUAGAUUCAUAUUUACACCUAAACUAUUUAAGACAUUGGUAUAUAAACCCAGACAAUGCCCAUUACCCAGUCAACUUGCCAAUCCAAAUAUUUUAAUUGUAAAGAUUUUUUUACCACACAAACUCAGUUACCUAGAAGAAUCUAUCAACCAAAAAGAGACAGAAUCCAGCAGCUAGCAAAUAGAUGCUCCCAAAUUGCAAGUCAGCAAGCUUACCACUGCACAGGAAAACAAUCAACCUUCACACAGGAAAACGUACAGAUUGUUUGGCUUUCCAGAAAAGAAUAUAUAUUUAAAUUCGAAAAAUGGAGCUUGAAGCCAGGAGUUUGCAAGCAAGCAUGAAGGCAUCUCUUUUUGUCAAGUUAAAGGAAUACGAAACCGAUUUGAACAACUUGAAAAGUGAGCUUAAAAGAAUAACAUCAGUUGCUAAUAAUAAUAAUGAUGAGUUGUUGGAAUUGGGACAGGCUGAUACAUUGGUAUCAUCAAAUGAUCAUAGAAGAAGACUGGUGAUGUUUACAGAGAGAUUGAAUCUGUCAUUUGAAAGAAUAAAGGAGAGCAGGAGAAGCAUGCUGGAAACAGAGGAGCUUGGUGCCUCCAACCUCCAAGAUUUGCAUCAACAACGCCAGUCACUACUUCAUGCCCACAACACGCUUCAUGGAGUGGAUGAUAACAUCGAUGAAAGCAAGAAGAUUUUGACAGCCAUCUCAAGAAGGAUGAGUACGAAUAAAUGGAUUCUUGGCUCAUUCAUGGUAGCCAUAGUCCUUGCAAUUAUACUUAUAACUUUUUAUUGA